AUGGAGCGAAUCUUGUGCGUGGUGGGGGCACGGCCCAAUUUCAUGAAAAUGGCACCGGUGGUGUUCGCCCUGCGCGAGCGUGGCCUGGCGCCGUUCUUGGUCCACACCGGCCAACACUAUGACCGGCAGCUGUCGCAGGUCUUCUUCGACGAGCUCGGCAUGCCGGCACCGGACCUCGAUCUCGGGGUGGGCUCGGACAGCCACGCCCGCCAGACCGCACGGGUGAUGACCGAAUUCGAGCAGGUCUGUGAGGCCCAGCGAGCCGAGCUGGUGAUCGUCGCCGGUGAUGUCAACUCCACUUUGGCAGCGGCACUGGUAGCGGCCAAGCUGCAUAUUCCGGUGGCCCACGUCGAAGCGGGUCUGCGUUCCUACGAUCGCGCCAUGCCGGAAGAGCUCAACCGCAUCCUGACCGAUCAGCUGUCCGACCUCUGCUUCACCACCGAGCACAGUGGCAGCGACAAUCUCCGCACCGAGGGUUUCGCCGAGGAGCGUGUUCACUUCGUCGGCAACUGCAUGGUCGACACCCUUUUGACCCAUGCCGAGAACGCCGUCGCCGCGGCCCCCUGGCGCGAACUUGGCCUAGAGCCGGGCGAGUAUGCCCUGGCAACGCUGCACCGGCCUUCGAACGUAGAUCGGGUUGAAGAUCUCGAGCGCAUGGUGGAGGUGUUAGAACGCGCUGCCAGCCGCCUGCCGGUGCUCUUUCCGGUCCAUCCGCGGACCCGGCAAAAGCUGGCGGACGCCGGGAUCGAGCUGCGGGCUCGGCUUAUGGAGCCGCAACCCUACCUGACCUUUCUCGGCCUGAUGGCUCGCGCUCGGGUGGUGCUGACCGAUUCGGGCGGCAUACAAGAAGAGACCACCGUGCUGGGCACCCCGUGCCUGACCUUGCGCCAAAACACCGAGCGACCGGUGACGAUCGAGACCGGCACCAAUCGGUUGGUGGGCACUGAUCCGGACACCAUUCUCGGCGCCCUCGACGAGGUGCUGGCGAACCCGCCGCCGGAGGCCGUCGCACCGCCCUUGUGGGACGGCCGUGCCGGCCAACGGAUCGCCGAGGCAAUCGUCGCCUGGGCAGCCGGGCCCGACGCCGCGGGGGCCGCAUGA